AUGGGCGCGGGAUGCUGCUCCGACGAUCCUGCCAAGGACAAGGGAUGCGCCGGUCCUGCAAACGGCACUGAACAUGGGCACGAACAUGACGACCAUCCCAAGCUCGACGACUGCUGUGCUGGCGACGGAGCUUGCGACGAUGCCAUGGAAGUGAACUGCCUGGAUGAGAAUUGCGAUGCCGAGACUUUUUGCGAUUCCGAAGAUGAUUCUACCUGCCGUUCUAUCAAGCUCGAGUGCUGCACCUCUAAGGAAGAGCAUUGCGAUGAGAAGUGUAUCAUUGCCGCCGCUGCGGUCGAGUGCGAGAAGUCGUGCGAAGACGAUGCCGCUCAUGAUGGUGAUCACGAGCAUUCCCAUGACAAGGACGGUCGCCAUCCAGCCUCCGCUUGCAAUACCCAUAUGUCCAAGGCUUUCGAGCAGUACAGCGCCUAUCUCGAAUCGGCCCGUUGCAUCUGCCGCAGUAUUCUCGAUCGCGGCCUCCCAACCGCCUGCUGCAGCGAGCAAAAGCCCGUUGUCACAGCCGCAGCCGCUCCUGUGAAGUCUUCCGCCGGGAACAAACGCAGCGGGCCUGCCGAGGCGCACACGACCGCGCAUGCUCAUGGUCAACACAAGCAUCAUCAUCAUCACGGAAUUAAGCGACGUGGCAAUAAAUCGCAAGCCACACACGACCAUGACAUGGCCAUCAAACCCAUUCGCGAUGAUCAGUCCGACUGCUGCAGCGGCCACGAUGUUGAAGUCCCUUCUGCAUACGAAAAAGGACGUUUCGCUAUCGAUGGCAAUGUGGACAAGGAUGUCGAAAAGGAUGCUGGGUCGGAGCAUGUUGCCCUCGUUGUCGACGGCAUGACCUGUUCUGGGUGCGGGAACAAGCUUGAACGCACCCUCAAAGGAAUGCCUGGAGUGUCUGGCGUGCGGGUCAACUUUGUCAUGGGCAAUGCCGAGUUCGCUCUUGACGGUGCGGCAGGAAAGGCCGAAGAUAUUAUCCGCAACACCGAAAAGGCGACAGGCUUCCAUUGCACCCGAAUGUCAAGCGAUGACCAGACGCUGGACAUUCUCGCCUCUGGCCCGUCUGCUAAGGCGCUGACCGACCUGGCGAUAAUCGGUGUAAACGAAGUGAGUUUGGUUGACAAAAGAAUUGCCAGGGUCACCUAUGACCCAGCUGUUAUCGGAGCUCGAACGCUUUUCAACAAAAUAGGACCGCACUCGACUGGACUAGCCCCCCCUCACGAUGACCCGUCUAUCGCAAGUGGAAGAAAGAGGAUGUAUGAUCAACUGAUCAAGACGGCCGCCGCCGCGGUUCUCACCAUUCCUGUCGUGGUUCUCGCCUGGGGCGAGAAACUUGAACCCAAGACUCGCUCGAUUAUUUCGAUCGUGUUGGCAACUUUCGUUCAGCUCAUAGCUGUGCCAGACUUUUACAAACCAGCCAUAUCAUCUCUCGUGCACAGUGGUGCUAUUGAGAUGGACAUGCUGGUCGUCAUCAGCAUCACGGCUGCCUAUCUCUACUCGGUUGUGGGAUUUGGUUUCCACAUGGCUGACCGGCCACUCGAUCCCCGCGAAUUCUUCGAAACGAGCACCCUACUCAUCACGCUUGUGCUCCUCGGCCGCUUGACUGCUGCUUACGCACGCAUACGCGCCGUUGCUGCUGUGUCCCUGCGUUCGCUUCAGACAUCUACCGCUGUUGUCGUUGAAGAUGGGAAGGAUGUCGAAAUCGACGCCCGUCUCCUCCAAUAUGGGGACAAAUUCAAGGUCCUCCCGCACUCGGUUAUCCCUACAGAUGGGCUAGUGGUGACUGGAUCUAGCGAGGUGGACGAAUCCAUGCUGACUGGGGAGAGCGCCCCUGUCUUCAAACAACAGCGCGACACUGUGAUCGCGGGCACCAUCAACGGAUCCGGCACUCUGGUUGCCCAACUUACUCGUCUCCCUGGAAAGAACACCGUCACCGAUAUCGCCGAGCUAGUCGAAGAAGCGGCAAACUCCAAACCAAGGAUCCAGGACAUUGCAGAUCGUGUUGCAGGGUGGUUCGUCCCUGUCGUCACGGCCGUUGCCAUUAUUGUCGUUGUUAUCUGGAGCGUCAUCGGUGUCAAGGUUCACGGCGAAUCAGCUGGGAAGUCGAUCUCCACCGCCAUCACCUACGCUAUUGCUGUCCUCGCUGUCUCCUGUCCUUGUGCGCUCGGUCUCGCGGUGCCUAUGGUCUUGGUUGUGGCGGGCGGCGUUGCCGCUCGAGGGGGUGUCAUCAUCAAGUCGGCCGAAUGUACCGAGAGGGCUCGAAAGGUCAGCGACGUGGUGUUUGACAAGACUGGAACCAUAACAGAAGGCGACCUCGACGUUCUCGAGGAAGAGAUCCUACUCCCCGACCAUGAUGAGGCUCGUGCCAUCACUAAAGCCCUUGUGGCAGGCAACAACCACCCCGUAUCUACGGCCCUGGCGAAAUACCUUGCCUCACGGGCAACCCGCGAGGUGAAGAUUACAGACCCUCGAGUCAUCCCUGGCGCAGGUGUUGAAGCAAGUUACAAUGGCCACAAAGUUUGUGCCGGAAACCCCUCGUGGACCGACGCCGACGCCCUACCCUCCGUCAUUCGCUUCCAAGAGGCGAACAUGACUAUACUGGUUGUCAACAGUGACGCUAUCCCUAUCGCCAUAUUCGGGUUGCGCACACGUCUUCGACUUGAAGCAAAGAAAGUUAUUGCUCAGCUCACCCGCCAAAACAUCGACGUUCACCUCGUCUCCGGUGACCAAACCCGCGCCGUUGAAUCUAUCGCAGCCCAAGUUGGCAUUCAUAACGUGGCAUCUCGACGCACCCCAUCGCAGAAGCGGGACUAUGUUGCUUCGUUAAUGACAGAGGGCAAGACUGUAAUGUUUGUCGGCGACGGAACCAACGACGCAGUGGCGGUCACCCAGGCUGAUGUGGGCGUCCAACUGGGCAGUGCAGCCUCGGCGAGCGACGUCACCCGCGGAGCCGCAGAUGUGGUCCUCCUUGCAGGCCUCGAGGGUAUCCCCUUCGUGCUUGAGGUCAGCCGCGCCAGCUUCCACCGCAUGGUGUUCAACUUUGUCUGGUCGGCCGUGUACAACGUCCUCGCGAUCUUGCUUGCCGGAGGCGCGUUCGAGCCCGUCAACUUCAAGAUUCCUCCUGCCUAUGCAGGAUUGGGUGAGAUGGUCAGCGUCAUUCCGGUCAUCGUCGCUGCCCUGACAAUGUUGGGAAAGAAGAUCCGAACCGAGGCCUAA